AUGUCGUCGCUCAAGAGGCUUCUCAACGAGGAGGAUGAGGAGCUCCACUAUCCUGACCUGUCGUCCGUGUCCUCCUACGGCUCCGUCCCGCCAUCGUACCAGGGCGACCAAGAUUACACCGGAUACCACCCACGCCAGACCCAGUCCCAGGGCUUGGACAUGUCCCAGGAAACACCCGUCUUGGAAGAUCUCCAUUCCAUACACGAUGUCUUCAGCAACAUCCUCUUCCAGUAUACCCCUGGCGAACAACUCGGGGCUAUCAACUUCGGGGACCACCGCGAAGAGGCGCCCUAUGAUUUCGAACAAGCGCUAGAGACGUGGGGGGAGAACAUCGCCGCCGUGUCUCCGACUUCCUAUACGUACAGCUCCCCCAACCCUCUUCUGGAUCAUCGCAAGACUCCCUACCCGUGA